GCAGAUCUGCGGGGGAAGUUGCGCAAAAAGAAAGAAAGAAAAAAAAAAACGAGGAAGGAAUUUAACUCUUGUUUUCUGCUUCUCGGUUUUCUCUUUAAACUUCACCGUCAAACGCGCUCCUGCUCUAAUUUUUUGAAAAAUUUCGGAAACCAGAGUUGAACAGAUCCAACUCAAGUUCAUAACAGGUGACUGGUGACUGGGUCAUGGCAGGAAGAGGCGGUGCUACGAGACCUAACGGGCCGAACGCAGCCAGCAACAAAAUCUGUCAGUUCAAACUGGUGCUGCUGGGCGAGUCUGCGGUGGGCAAAUCCAGCCUGGUGCUGCGCUUCGUCAAAGGCCAGUUCCAUGAGUUUCAGGAGAGCACGAUAGGAGCGGCCUUCCUGACUCAGACAGUAUGUUUGGAUGACACGACGGUGAAGUUUGAGAUCUGGGACACAGCCGGUCAGGAGCGCUACCACAGUUUGGCUCCGAUGUAUUACAGAGGAGCGCAGGCGGCCAUAGUGGUGUAUGACAUCACAAAUGAAGAAUCAUUUGCACGUGCAAAGAAUUGGGUUAAAGAGCUUCAGAGGCAAGCCAGUCCUAAUAUUGUAAUAGCUCUGGCUGGAAACAAAGCAGAUCUUGCCAACAAGAGAGCACUGGACUUUCAGGACGCACAGUCUUAUGCAGAUGACAACAGUUUGCUUUUCAUGGAAACGUCAGCAAAGACGUCGAUGAACGUGAACGAGAUUUUUAUGGCUAUCGCAAAGAAACUCCCCAAGAACGAGCCCCAGGCGCCCGGAACGAGCGCAGGCCGAAAUCGAGGAGUGGACCUGGCAGAGACAGCGCAACCUGCCAAAGGGCCGUGCUGCAGCAACUAACCACCAAACGCACACAUUCUCACCUCCCAACUAACUCUGCAUCACUUCUGGACAUGGGGCGCAUCCUUCCAAACCUCGCUCCCUGGAACUGCUAAAGACUCUGUAUAGCUCUGUUUCUAAUACCUUUAUUUUUUUGGUUUCUGUUUUUUUUUUUUUUCUUUUUUAAGCAAAUAUAAGUACUUCAGUAUAAUGGAUGCAUGUAUCACUACAAAGCCUAAAUACACAUUUUUAACUUAACACAGGGGGAAAGUUAACUAGGUCGAAUGAGAGGGGAAGAAAGAGAGCUUGAUCGUGUGUGUGUGUGUUUGUGCGCGUGUGUGUGUGUUGUAUAGUGUAGUAUUAAGGAUGUGGAGGCACAGUAAUAUGUCCUGAACGAGUUUGGUGGCUGUAUUUGCAGCCAAGUCGAGCUGUACAUGCAGCUUUCAGUGUGUUUGAGUGCCAUAGAAGUCGUCGUCAAUCAGCUGUGGAGGUCUGACCAAGAACAACCCGAUCCUAAACAAAAGAUGCUACCUAAAUGAUCACCGUUACUUAUGUAAAUGAUCUAGGGAGAAGCUGUUUUUUGCAUGUUUUGACUGUUAAUCUGGUAAAAUAAUUCUCAUGUUUAAAAAGAAAAAAGUCGUAAAACUCGUACACCAUCCAGGAUUUUGGGAAUCUCCUACUGAAUAUUUUGGUGUCCAGGUUCUUCAAUGGAAAGUGACUUUUCCCCACCCCCUCUAGCUGAGUUCCAGCUCAAAUAUGAUAUCAGUCACGUAAAAGAAUCAGACGGAUGCAAAACAAGGGCAUAAGCAGACCUCUGCUUAUCCAAGCUCUUUGUUGUGUAGUUAUUAGAAAAUGCUCAUCAUUCUACCUACGCAUUCCUCCUCCAAUCUAAGAAUACUCUCUCCUUGUCUCUUCUCGGAGGUUAAUAAAGUAUUGCUGGCCGACGGCCUCAGUGAAUCUGUUACUGUACUGGAUGGACGUCCUAGUCUCAUCUUCAGACCUGAUUUGACCAAUGGCUGUGUCUUCUGAGGGAAAAGAAUAAACAAAGGUUGGCUAUUAGCAUCCUGCCCUGCUGUAUGGACUUACUGUUGAUGGAGUCAUGUGUUGGCGUUAUGUACGUUAACACUAAAGAGCAGUAGAUAAAAGCCUCCAUUCCUUCAGCCCUUUGAGCUCCGGUCGCUCUCGUAAAUGUCACUGAUAAUUCUUCAUAGUGCAUGGCUGAUGCAUUAUUGUGAUGCAGUGUAGCACAGCUGCGGAAACUAAAGCUUUGAAGGCUCUUUAUUGAUUCAUCUUUGGAAUAUAUUCCGGUCAUUGAAGGCGUUAAUGCCCAGUAGUAGAAAAAUUUCAAGGUGUCAAGGUAGAAACCCAGUAUAUCUCGCUAUCUCCAUCUUCAAAACUACUAUAUGAACUGUUUGCCAUGAUGGACCGUAUGUAUGCACUCUCUCUUUUUUUUUCUUCUUUUGUACAGUUCCCUUUAAAUAAGAGAUUUCACAAAUUGGCCAAAUAAUGUUUUGAUGGUUGUCUUUAUUUUCUCCUUGUAUGUAGUGUUAUUAACAAAUCAACUUGACAUUUAACCUAUGGUCUGUCUAGUGCUUCUUUUGAGAUGCUAAAUGUUUUUUUUUUCUAUCGAGAUACUAUCAAGUUGCACAAAAUAUGAGUUGUAUUUUUAAAUAAGUCAUUAUGAGAUUAUGCCUGCCUGGUGUCUCUGCAGUGUGAUCAAGCUGAAAUGGACCACAAUAGGCUUGAUUAGCAGUGCUGCUAAAUUGCCACAGGUAGCUGAGGUAAUUAAUAAGCAGCCGCCCGAGAGCUGAAAAGGAUUGAGUGAUGUAACAGCAUUAACACUGAGGGACUGAUUGUUUUUUAAAUGUCCAGGUACUAGUUAAUAUUUCCAAUAAAGGGGGUGAAUUGUA